UUUAAAUUCCCAUGUUGAAUGCAUUGUUACAUGAUUUCUUUUUAAUGUAUUCCAACUAGAGUGCUUGAAAUUGUAAUUUAAGAUUACUUUAGAACUGUUGCUCCUCGUUCAGGUCUGCCGCUGAGAUUUUACCCCUAAGCCAUAUGGUGGCAUAUGUUGCAAUUACAAAGGAUAUGAAGGAGUUUGGAUUUGAUCAAAACUGGUGUAUUAUGAAGCCAAUAAUGCUUAAGGUCCUACACCAAAAAGCAGUUAGACGAGAAGAAUGGCAUGAAUUAUUUGUGCUUGUUCAUAAUAUUUGUCUUUGGGCUGAAAAUGGUCCAUCAAGUUUACAGAAAAAUAUAGAAGAAUGCAUUUUAAAAUUUAUUAGGGAUACCCAGGCUAAAGUUCUUCGUCAUCAAGAGGAUCAAGCUUUGCUCAAAGCAUACGUAGCAGAAUGGACAAAGUUUUACACACAGUGUGAUUAUUUCCCAUUGCCAUUAGCACAGCUUGAGCUCAUCAUGGUUGGCAGUACUAGUAUAAUAAAAAAAUGGAAAAAAGAUGGUCCAAUUAGGAAGUUGUUGUUGAAGUGUUGGAAUGACAGUAUUUUUUCUGACAUAAAGCAUAGACUUCAGGAGAGUGCAAUGAGACUUGUUCGUGCUGAAAGGAGUGGUGAAGCUUUUGAUUCACAGUUAGUUAUAGGAGUCAAAGAAUCUUAUGUUAACCUUGGUUCGACUACUGAAGAUAAACUACAGAUUUAUCGAGAUAAUUUUGAAAAAGCAUACAUUGAUGCAACUUCAGUAUUCUAUAAAGAAAAGGCCACUGAAUAUUUAGAAGCAAAUGGUAUUGAAAGCUACAUGCAAUAUGCAGAUCAAAAAUUGAAGGAUGAAGAGCAGCGGGCUGUCAAAUACCUUGAUUCUUCUUCCCUGAUAGUGUUCACAGAAAAUAUUGUAAAGUGCCUGGUGAUAGAAUAUAAGGAUAUUAUGUUAGCAGAAUGUCUACGAAUGAUAAAAAAUUAUGAAACAGAAAAGCUGCAGUUAAUGUUCAGAUUGAUAGAUAAAGUUGAAAAUGGAAUUGAGCCUAUGUUAAAAGACUUAGAAAGUUAUAUCAUUAGUGAAGGUUUAGCUAACAUGAUGGCCUCUGCAGAUAUUAUUACUCAGGAUUCUGAAAAAUAUGUGGCGCAGUUAUUAGAAUUAUUUAGAAGAUUCAGUAAACUAGUCAAAGAAUCAUUUAUUAAUGAUCCUAGAUUCCUAGCAUCAAGAGAUAAGGCCUUCAAGAAAAUCGUCAAUGAUAUAUCAGUUUUCAGCUUAGAAUUACCUACAAAAAAGAGAACAGGUAAAACUGAGCCAGAAUCUCGUUGCCCAGAACUGUUGGCUAAUUAUUGUGAUAUGCUGCUGAGAAAAACACCUCUUAGCAAAAAAUUGACAUCAGAUGAAAUUGAAGGAAAAUUAAAGGAUGUGCUUUUAAUUCUCAAGUAUGUUCAAAACAAAGAUGUUUUCAUGAGGUAUCACAAAUCUCAUCUUACAAGACGGCUCAUUCUUGAGACUUCAGCUGAUAAUGAGAAAGAAGAAAACAUGGUCAAUGGCUUAAGAGAUAUUGGUAUGCCUGCUGAUUACGUGAAUAAAUUAUCGAGAAUGUUUCAAGACAUAAAAGUAAAUGAAGAUCUUAAUGAAGAAUUCAAAGGAACUUACCAUACUAAAAACUCUUUGGCUGAUUAUGAUUCUAAAGUAUUAACUCUGCAUGACAAUAUGUUUCCUACAUGUGUGCAGCUUGUACAUGCAAGAAUACAUUCUUGCUUACAUUCGUGGUUAGAACAAGUUUCAAACUGUCCUACUUGCCGUGUUGCACUUGCUCAAAGAGAUAACUCAGGUGCAGUCUCGGAUGUAAAUCGUAACAAUAUUCUUGGGCAGGAUGCACAAGGCCGAAAUCCUAACCCCACCACAAACCAUUUCUUUCAUUUUGAUG